GAUGAGAUGAAACCAUAUAGGCAAAUACCCCAUUCUUGACAUAUGUAGGUUCCCUGAAUAUCUCUCUUAAGGAAAGUCAAAUGACUUUAAGAAAAGUAGUAACUCAUUAACAGACCAUGUCAUAAAUCUUGGGAUGUCAAAUAUCAACACAAUAUUUUACUUUUAAGCAAGUUCUAACUUUGCAUCCCACAUUUAAAUUGCAUUUACUGUUGAGAAUUGAUGAGUUUGUUAAGCAUAGUGAAGUCCUUUAGCUGUAUUUAUUGUCACACGUGUUUUUAUAUACAGUUAUGCAACUUUACAAAUCAAUCAUCGAUGGCAAUUUAUAGGAAUAAUGAUCUAUUGGAUUAUUUUAUUCCUUUUGUGUACCUAUUCAUGGACAGUAUAAAUAAGGGUCUCCAGGGUGACUAGGUUCCACAUCAGGGAUAAGCACUUUUACUACUUCAGAAGUCUCUCAGUAAGGUCCAUUUAACUCCCAUUUCCAAUACUCUUCAUUGCUAGAUAACAAUGGAAAUGGUUACAAGAAUGGUUGCAGACAGGCCGGUGGUGAUCUUCAGCCGGACCACUUGUUGCAUGAGCCACACCAUCAAGACUCUGAUAAGUGGAUUUGGAGCUAACCCGACCGUGUACGAGCUCGACGAAGUUCCGUAUGGGGGACAGAUUGAAAGAGCACUGCAGCAGAUGGGGUGCAAGCCUAGUGUACCGGUUGUGUUCAUAGGCCGGCAGCUCAUUGGGGGUCCUAACCAAGUCAUGUCCCUCCAAGUGAAGAACCAGCUUGUGCCAUUGCUCAUAAGGGCUGGUGCCAUAUGGCUUUGAAACCUCAAAAAUAAUUUCCUAAUAAAGUAAUUCUCUACUUUUGAGCAAAGGUCUGAAUAUGAGUAUGUUUGAACCAGGUUUUAUGGCAACCAGCAGCCACAAAGAAUGGAAUUACAAAUAAUAUUUAAAAUUCAAAA